CGCGGAAGUGCUGUGACACCCGGAUAGGGAGUGACUAGUAGCAGGUAAUAUUAAGGCUGCAAUUACGAUGCUAAAGCAAGAAGAGAUACAGAAGGGUUCGGAGAUGGGGGGUUUGGAGUCUGCUCUGUUGUCGGUGUUCACAUACGAGAGUUUGGUCCAUGCAGUAUCCGGAGCGGUGGGCAGUGUGGCUGCAAUGACUCUAUUCUAUCCCCUGGACACAGCACGGCUCCGGCUGCAAGUGGAUGACAAAAGGAAGUCCCGUUCCACCCCGGCCGUCCUGCUAGAGAUCAUGCGCGAGGAGGGAGUACUGGCUCCGUACCGAGGUUGGUUCCCAGUCAUCUCCAGUCUCUGCUGCUCCAACUUUGUUUAUUUCUACACAUUUAGCAGCUUGAAGGCGCUGUCGGUAAAAGGUAGCGUUCCAACCACGGGGAAGGAUCUUACCAUCGGCUUCAUUGCUGGGGUUGUAAACGUGCUGAUAACAACACCGCUCUGGGUGGUGAAUACAAGGCUGAAACUGCAGGGGGCCAAGUUCCGCAAUGAUGAUAUUGUCCCAACAACGUAUACAGGAAUAUUUGAUGCCUUUCAAAGGAUCCUGCGGGAGGAGGGUGUCAUGGCUCUCUGGAACGGCACCUUUCCUUCCCUUCUGCUAGUCUUUAACCCAGCCAUCCAAUUCAUGUUCUAUGAAGCACUAAAGCGCCAGCUCCUGAAAGGGCAGCCAGAGCUGACAGCGAUGGAGGUGUUUGUGAUUGGUGCUAUUGCGAAGGCCAUUGCCACAGCUUUGACGUACCCAAUGCAGACUGUCCAGUCAGUAUUGAGGUUCGGACAGGAAAAGCUAAAUCCAGAGAAGCGGGCGCUAGGAAGUUUGCGCAGUGUCCUCUAUCUCCUUCAGCAAAGAGUCAAGCGAUGGGGAAUUCUGGGCCUAUACAAAGGACUGGAAGCAAAGCUUUUACAGACUGUGCUAACUGCUGCACUCAUGUUCCUGGUGUAUGAGAAACUGACCAGCCUCACAUUCAGGAUUAUGGGCCUAAAGGGCUGAUCCAGAAGGUCCUGUGGGUGCAAAGACUGUGCUCCUGUUUGUAACGGGAUACAUGGGUUUCCCUAAACUGGGCUCCUGUGGCACUAAGGACCUGUAUAUGAAGUCUCAUCGUCUUCCCAAAAAAAUGCCAAAAACAUCCUAUUUAAUGACAGUAAUGCAAUGUUUCUCUGCCAGCACUGAACUUGGCUGCCUGAUGUUGCGCUAAUGUAUUUGUGACACUACAGUAUAAAGAUGCACAAGUUCUGAUGCAGUUCUGAAGGGGCCUGCGUAAUAUGUGCAAGCAAUGUCCUUUUAAAUCCAUGCAGAAUAAACCAUUUAGCUAUUGUAUGGAAA